GGGGUAUUGCAUGACAAGAAUGUCACUGAGCAACACUCUAGUAGCGAACCUGUUUUUGGGACUUCUACUGUCGAACCAGCCACAACACUGGGUAGGCAAGGUGCUCGAGGUCGCAGUGACGGCAAAGAAAAGGAUGACGAUGGCGAAAGCGGUACGUUGAACCUCGCUCUUCUCUUCUCUCCGCUGAUCUUGGCCGGAUGCAUGGUCCUGGCCUUUGGCGGCUUCAUGGUGCGACGGAGGCGUAUUCAGAAAGAGGAAGCUGGUAUGAUGAAGUUCGACCCCAUCGAAACGGCAAACCAAGAAUCCUCCAGCUGGGGCUGGGUGAACGACUCGGAACAGAACCAGGACAAUACACAUGACGGCAAUGUGGAGAAGGGCGCACCACUCUCCGACCGGUCUAGCGUACGUAAGGCACACACAAAGGACGUGGCGCACAUCGACGUGGGAGACUUGCCCGGAUACUUGCCCGAGGACGCCUCCUACAUUGAGCAGGACAUUGACGAACUGGCCAAAGAGCUUGGCGGCACGUCUCUUCCAAAGCAGCUGGCAAAGUCAAUGUCCACUACCACCGGUUCCAGUGUGCGGUCGUUCAUGGCGGAUGAGCUUCAGUUUUCCUACAGGGAGAGCGGGAGCACGGCACUCAGCAGCACAGAAGUUUGCGAACACGACAGUCAAUCAUUUGCUGAAGCUGCCGGCGAUGACAGCGAAGCCUUGAACCUCGAGCGGCAUCCCGCCCAAGCCGAUGGACAGGAGAUGCGAGUGCAGCAGGUCGGAACACCAGAGAUGUACACGCUCGUGUCGCGCAGCAAUCGCGCCAGCGAACGCAAAGCCCAUACCGCGCUCGUCUCCCCGCCAGAUUCUGCAGAGGCCGCGAUCCACAAGGCUGAGACCCGCCAGGGUUUUGCGAGCAAGCUUAGUUCAAAGGUCUUUGCCAAGUCGAAAUCCGGCUCCUUCUCCCCCGUACCGGCCCCCCGUACCUCGGGUGCUCAGGGUGCCAGUGUGUCCGCCACCACUGGUGUUGCUCGUGGCGACAGUGUUCGAAGCGAAGGUACCGACAAUGCUCCUAGCAGCAUCACUCACGAACAAUCUCAGAGCCUAGCUCCCGACAGCUUUGCGGCGGACGCCAUUUCGCAAACUGAGUCCUUCUAUGACGAUGUGGUAGCGGACGACGGUGCAACAACUUCGUCAAAGAAGAAGAAGAAAAAGGGAUCUAAGAAACAGCCAAUGGAACCUAGCGGUAGCGUUGAGGCUGCCUUUUCCGCUGAAGCUGUCGGCUACGAUGCAGUAGAAGGCCAGGCAAGCGCGGAAAUGUACACGACCGUCUCGAGGACGGCCGACUUUGACCGAACCCAAAUGAGCCAGAAGUCGGAGCUGGCCCGGACGGCCACCGUGGCCGAAUUCGAGGGCAAGGAGUACGCGCCGCUUGGGGCCGCCCAGGCCGCCGCUGCCAGCCGUGGCCACCAUGCCGGCGCAGCAGCGCAUAUGGUCAGCAAACGCCAAGCCUCCCAGACGGCCGUGGUGGAGGAGCUUGGAGACAAGGAGUACGAUCCCCUCACGCCCUAUCAGCUCGCCGCCGCCAUUUCGGCGAGCCGAGACAAGUCCGCGCAGCGCGCCAAGGCAACCCGACACGGACAAUAACCGAAACACAUAACCUGAAACGUCGACCGGACAUGAUACAGUGUAUGCGCUAUGUACAGGAAAAUCUGCUUUCCGAUAUAUUUGAACAGAACUCUGCCUUUUCUGUAUUGUUAACGUUCUUUCCAUGUUGACUUUUUCCCCUUUUUUGGACCCCAGUCGUAUUUUGCUGAGUAGUCGUGAACUCAGUCCACAUUUUUGGUGUAUUUGUUGUCGUGUUUCUCUUCACGUUUGUCUAUGCUGAAAACAAGCU